AUGGUUCUAUGGUACGGAUUUCUUGCUAUUGAAACAACUCAAGCUAAUCGUAGUGAGCAACAACAACACCGAGAAAAAUGCUUAACAUAUGAUAAUUUAUUUAUGAUUAACGAUAAUAAUAAAUUACGAGGAAAAAUAAAUCGAUCUGAUUUUAAUUUAACAAUGUCAUCGUCACCAUCAAAAAACUCUUGGAUCUAUACCAAAGAUUUAAAAAAGCGUUUUGAAGAACGUUAUUUAACAUUAGAUGAUUUAAAAUCCAUUCCAAAUUGUCGAUAUAUUAUUGUACCAAUAUACUUAAAUAAACAACAAUUGUUUAAUAAUCGACAUAGUUUAUUAACAUUAUUCGAAUCAAGCACAACGAAAUCGAACAAUAAUCGUUAUUGUACAAAUCAUGGUUAUACACAUGAUAUAGACGAUUGUUCAAAUAGAACAAAAGGGAAAAUGUCGUUAUUUCGCACAUCGGAACCGAAUCUGUGCCUUAGUGAGAAAAAUAAAAAAGUUCAGAGUAAAACGUGUGUUGAAUUAGUCGAAGAAGAGAAUGAAGAUGAAACAAAUGAUUCAGCAGUAAAUACAGUCUUUUCACCGUUAAUAAAAACUUCAUUAUUGACAUCAAUGCCACAACAACAGUAUUCAUCGCCAACAUCAAAACGAUCAACAAAAAUGACACGUUUACGUAAAUUAUUUUUCAAAUCGAAAUCAUAUCAAGAUAAUCAAAUAAAUACAUGA